UGUCGAGGAGAACACACUACCAAGUCCGAGUCCACACCAAUCGGCCCACAACGCGGAACCUCCUAUAUGGCGCGGUGAUCAUCCUGGGGCUAUUUGGACUAUUCCGUACGAUGUCCUCUUACGAUGUUGAUUCGGACGAGUGGGACGCGAUGCCAGGACCUAUAUCACCUGCAACGUGGCAGGCUCGGGCAGAGAUGGUCAAAGAGGCUUUCCUGCAUGCAUACCAUGGAUAUGAGAAGUACGCCGCUCCUCACGACGAAUUGAAGCCUCUUUCGAACGGAUCUAGCGACAAGUUCAACGGAUGGGGCGUAACAGUGUUCGAUUCGUUAGACACUAUGCUGUUGAUGGGGCUGAAAGAGGAGUAUGCACGAGGACUGGAAAUAGUCAAGAGCAUGGAUUUCACAACAUCUACUGAAUAUGUCCCGUAUUUUGAGACAAUUAUUCGUUAUCUAGGCGGACUCCUAUCAGCAUAUGCCUUGUCAAAAGAUACCAUUCUCAUCCAACGCGCUGAAGACAUGGUCAAGAGGCUUGACCCGGCAUUCGAUACCCAAACUGGCAUACCUUUCUUCUCCGUCGACGUCGAAAAGCAACAAGGACAGGGUGCAGAAGUCGGCAUUCUGGCGGAAAUAUCCAGCCUGCAGCUCGAGUAUACAUAUCUCGCAAAGCUCACAGGGAAAUUUGAGUAUUAUAAUCGGGCCGCGACUAUUAACAGGAUAUUUUCGAAUGCAGACCUCAGGGAAACGGGUGGCAUGCUUCCUGUUUCUUGGAAUCUCGUUUCUGGCACGCCAUUGGAUAGGCAUCUGUCAGUUGGGGCGCAAGCCGAUAGUGCUCACGAAUAUCUACUCAAGCUAUAUCUCCUCACUGGCAAGACUGACAGAGCCAGCCUAGAAAUGUGUCUCCGUGCAACCACUCACAUUAUCACCAAUCUGCUAUAUCUGUCUCCAACACGCCACUUGCUAUACGUGUCUGAUUCCUUUGAGCCGACCUUCAAACAAAGAGCAGAGCCCACACAAGUCUUCGAGCACUUAUCUUGUUUCCUACCGGGUUUACUUGCACUUGGAGCCCAUACCCUACCCCUAGACAACCUGAAGUCGCUCGGAAUAGACCUGCAACAGCUAGGAAACGAGCAACUAUAUGGAUACGCUGGCAAGGGUUACAGACAACUCGCUGACUAUAACCUUAAGGAUCUACACAUGUGGGCUGCGGAAGGGCUUGCCCAGACAUGCUACUUGACAUACGCCGACUCACCGACUGGCCUGGGUCCGGAUGAGAUGAUGAUCAAAUACCCGAAUCCUGAGGAGACGUGGACGCGGGUGGAUGGCGACUGGAGGAAGAAGUCGGGCCAGACGCAUCUCUGGAUGGAAGCGGUCGACAGGUGGAAGAAUAGUGGCAGUCGCGGUAUUGCACCUGGUCUUGCGGAGAAGAAGCGUAUCAUCUCGACAGCUGGAGACCGGCGGAAGGGCCUGCCGAAUGGACGGGACUAUAUGCUCCGCAAGUCAGGAUAUCUCUUACGACCCGAGGCUGUAGAAUCAUUAUACCUUCUAUGGCGCAUUACCGGCGAUUCCAAGUGGAGAGAACGAGGGUGGGCCAUCUUCGAGGCAAUUGAGAAAACGACGAGGACAGCAAGCGGUUAUGCAAGCCUGUAUUCUGUGGAAACAGGCGGUCCAGACGACAGUAUGCCUAGGUAUUUCCUGGCGGAAACGCUCAAGUAUCUUUAUUUGAUGUGCUUGGAGAACGACCCCAUUUCGUUGGAUAAAUGGGUGUUCAACACGGAGGCUCACCCACUACCGGUAUUCGACUGGACGCCAGAAGAAAUUAGGAGGUUCAAUGUAACAAUAGGAUAAG